AUGAAAAAUCUGGAGGAGCAGUUCUCGGAGAAUCUAUCAAUCACUUUCGGAAACGAAAGACAGUUUCCCAGCUCGGAAAGAGAACACUCAAAUCCUAUACCAGUUGAUCUACUCAUCGAUAUAUUCUCUAGACUCCCUAGAAAGUCUAUAGAUAGGUUUCGUUGUGUAUCGAAAUUCUGGGGAUACAUACUUCGUCGUCCUGACUUCACCGAGUUGUUUCUGACUAGGUCUUCCACUUGUCCAAGACUCUUUUUCACUGUGAUAGCUGAUGGCAAGUUGUUCUUCUACUCUUUACCUCAGCCUCAAAAUCCAGAUGACAACUCUACACUUGUAGCAACACGUUAUCAUACGUCUUUUCCCGAAUAUUUUCCAUAUUCAUUCUGUAGUUCAGUAUGUGGAUUGGUCCUUCUUCAGGGAGGUCUUGAAAGAAAGGUGCGAAUGAUUUGUAACCCUAUCACGGGAGAGUUCCUAACCUUACCCAAAGUGAAAACUAAGAGUAACCCCGCCACAAAAGUAAAAGAUGAGAUUGCAAGAAUCAGUCUUUGCUAUGAUCCAAUCAGCAAACAAUUUAAAGUGUUGUGUAUGACCUCGUCACCUCGUAAAAGACCCACUACUCACCACCAGGUUUUGACAUUGGAGUCUGGAAAACGUUCGUGGAGAAGGAUCGAAUGCAAGUUCCGUUUUAGAGACAUUAGUAUAUUGUAUGAUGAAAUAUGCAUAAAUGGUGUUUUGUAUUUCAGAGCUAAGAUGAGAAAAUCUCCUGUGAUAGUUUGUUUCGACGUUGGGUCUGAGAAGUUUGACUUUAUUAAGAUAGAUGAAGACAUGUUAGGAGAUUUUGGUUAUUGUUUUACUGGUCAUCUGGCUUUGUUCAACUACAAAGGCAAAUUAGGUCUGCGGAAUAGAUCAGGAUUUAGUGAUACACAUAAAUUUGUGUUGUGGGUUGUAGAAGAUGCUGGAAAUCAUAAAUGGUCCAAGCAUACCUACGAGUUGCCUAGUUUGAUCAGAGAUAACCCGUGGUUUGUUGGAAUGACUGCUGCAGGUGAAACCGUCUGGUCGUCGUACAAGAACGACCCAAAGCCUUUCUUCCUUGACUUGUACAAUCUCGAGAGGGAAACUUUUACAAGAGUCAAUAUUCAGGGAUUUGAAGAGUUUAAGCGUCGUACUAUUCACACAUUUCUAGACUCUGUGGAGAAUCUGAAGUUUGUCUAA